AGAUACUGUAGUGAGAAGACAAUUGUGGAAAAAGCUGAAAAUAAUAUUAAAAUAGUUAGGAAUGAAAGACAUGUUCUAUGCAAAUGAUGGGGUGGCUGGACGGGAGCAGCUCUUGGCUCAGCAAAGAAUGCACAGUAUGAUCAGCUCAGUGGAUGUGAAGUCAGAGGUUCCUGUGGGCCUGGAGCCCAUCUCACCUCUAGACCUAAGGACAGACCUCAGAAUGAUGAUGCCGGUGGUGGACCCUGUCGUCCGUGAGAAGCAGCUGCAGCAAGAGUUACUUCUUAUCCAGCAGCAGCAACAAAUCCAGAAGCAGCUCCUGAUAGCGGAGUUUCAGAAACAGCACGAGAACUUGACACGGCAGCACCAGGCUCAGCUUCAGGAGCACAUCAAGGAACUUCUAGCCAUAAAACAGCAGCAAGAACUCCUAGAAAAGGAGCAGAAACUGGAGCAGCAGAGGCAAGAACAGGAAGUAGAGAGGCAUCGCAGAGAACAGCAGCUCCCUCCUCUCAGAGGCAAAGAUAGAGGACGAGAAAGGGCAGUGGCAAGUACUGAAGUAAAGCAGAAGCUUCAAGAAUUCCUGUUGAGUAAAUCAGCAACGAAAGACACUCCAGCUAAUGGAAAAAAUCAUUCCGUGAGCCGCCAUCCCAAGCUCUGGUACACGGCUGCCCACCACACAUCAUUGGAUCAAAGCUCUCCACCCCUGAGUGGAACAUCUCCAUCCUACAAAUAUACAUUACCAGGAACUCAAGAUGCCAAGGAUGAUUUCCCUCUUCGAAAAACUGAAUCCUCAGUGAGCAGCAGUUCUCCAGGAUCUGGUCCCAGUUCACCAAACAAUGGACCAACUGGAAAUGUUACUGAAAACGAGACUUCGGUUCUGCCCCCUACUCCUCAUGCUGAGCAACUGGUUUCACAGCAACGCAUUCUAAUUCAUGAAGAUUCCAUGAACCUGCUAAGUCUUUAUACCUCUCCUUCUUUGCCCAACAUUACUUUGGGACUCCCAGCAGGGUCAUCCCAGCUCAACGCUUCAAAUUCUCUCAAAGAAAAGCAGAAGUGUGAGACACAGACGCUCAGGCAAGGUGUUCCUCUGCCUGGGCAGUACGGGGGCAGCAUCUCGGCAUCUUCAAGCCAUCCUCAUGUGACUUUAGAGGGAAAGCCCAACAGCAGCCACCAAGCUCUCCUGCAGCAUUUAUUAUUGAAAGAACAAAUGCGACAACAAAAGCUUCUUGUGGCCGGUGGAGUUCCCUUACAUCCACAGUCUCCCUUGGCAACAAAAGAGAGAAUUUCACCAGGGAUUAGAAGCACCCACAAAUUGCCCCGUCAUAGACCCCUGAAUCGAACCCAGUCUGCACCUCUGCCUCAGAGCACGUUGGCUCAGUUGGUCAUUCAGCAGCAACACCAGCAGUUCUUGGAGAAGCAGAAACAAUACCAGCAGCAGAUUCACAUGAACAAACUGCUUUCGAAAUCUAUUGAACAACUGAAGCAACCGGGCAGGCACCUUGAGGAAGCCGAGGAAGAGCUUCAGGGGGACCAGGCGAUGCAGGAAGACAGAGCGCCCUCUAGUGACAACAGCACUAGGAGCGACAGCAGUGCUUGUGUGGAUGACACUCUGGGACAAGUGGCGGCUGUGAAGGUCAAGGAAGAACCAGUGGACAGUGACGAAGAUGCUCAGAUCCAGGAAAUGGAAUCUGGGGAGCAGGCUGCUUUUAUGCAACAGGUAAUAGGCAAAGAUUUAGCUCCAGGAUUUGUAAUUAAAGUCAUUAUCUGAACAUGAAACGCACUGCAGGUUUUGGUAAAUUUCCUAUUGGUUUGUAUGUCUGGAUGACUGAUUUUAGUGUCUAAGGAUUCGAACAGAAACAGGUAAAUAUAUAUGUGUCUAUACAGAGAUCGAUCUAUGGUGAUCUCUAAAAAGAUAGAGAAGUUUCAUCGAAACUGCAUCAAUAAAAAAAUACCUGUUACACUAAAAUUAUGCCACGUGAUGUCAAAGUAACUAAUAGGCUCUAAAUCCAUCCCAAGAUCUGUUACACCAAUUACUUCUAAGCAAAAUGAACUCACUAUUAUUUGUAGUUUAUCUGUUGAGUUCGGUGACUGCCAGAUAUAGUCUCUCCCAGUCUGAUCAAUGAAGCAUUCUAUUAAUUUUUGAUUUUUUUGAACAUAUGGGAGUCAAUUUUCGCAUCAUUGUACAUAAUGUAUCAUACUACAGUCUGGAACACUGUUAAAGGUAGUCUGCCCCUUCUUUCCUCUCUCUUUUUUGUUAAGUAGAAGUGUUCUGGUCACUGUGCCAGUAGUCCUAGAUUAUUGUGUACAUUGCAAUUGAAAAUAAUAGGAAUACAGGUGGUUUAAAUAUAGAGAUGCAAAUUGGAGUACUGUUUUAAACUACUAUGUUAUGUUUCACAUGACACUGUGCAUUUUACUUUUAUCUUGUGUAAUUUGAUGGCAUUGUCUAUUGAAAAAAAUCAAUCGAUGCAGAUGCACAUGUUGGUGAGAAGUAAUUUGCAGAAAUGUGGUCCAAUCAGAUACUACAUAGUAUCUACAAUUGUAGCAAACACAGUAACAAUAUGAUUAUCACUUGCUAUCACAUCAAAAUCAGUUUUAAAAGCUGUAUGAUAUUUUAUGAUUAUUAUCACUAGAAUAUCUCAAAUGUAAUUCCAUAAUGGCAUAGCAUAUGCCAUAUCAUUUUAGCAAAAAAAAAAAAGGGAAGAAAAUUGGGUCUCACAAAAGAUUUGACUUGUACAUAAUGCACCUUCAGAAAGAUUGUGUGCUUUGAUGCUAUAAAAUACAAACAUCUUUGAAAGCAACAGAAGACAAUGUUUAUUUAAGUAAGUUCUUUGUCAGGUUCCUGCUGUUCUCCUACAGAAAAGUGGUUCUGUAAGGCUGAACAGGAAAUGCCUUGUGGAAACAGGAAGUCCAAGUGAUUCAUGUACUGAGGAAUGUAGGGAAAAAAAUCUGAGGAUAGUGUUUUACUCUUUCUGUUUUUAAAGGGCACUCUAUGAAUUGAUUUAUUGUCUAAGAAAAUAACACCACAAGUAGGGAAAUUGUUACGGAAGCUUUUCACUGGAACAUUUCCUUCAUAUUCCCUUUUGAUAUGUUUACCUUGUUUUAUAGGUUUACUUUUGUUAAGCUAGUUAAAGGUUCGUUGUAUUAAGACCUCUUUAAUAUGGAUAAUCCAAAUUGACCUAGAAUCUUUGUGAGGUUUUUUCUAUUAAAAUAUUUAUAUUUCUAAAUUUGAGGUACUUUAAGGUGUAGUAUCCUAUUUCAGAGGAGAUACAGCAGUUUUGCCAAAUGUAGACAUUGUUGAAAUGUAUGUUAUUGGCACGUAUUGUUUACAUUUUGCUGUGACAUUUAAAAAUAUUUCUUUAAAACUGUUACUGCUAAAGAUACAUUAUCCUUUUUUAAAAAGCUUCCAUUCAAAUUAAAUUAACAUAACUAGAAGUUAGAAAGUUUAAAACUUUUCCAUAUAAUGAACGUCCUGCUGAUAAUUUGACAAAUAGCUAUAAUAGGCAACACUCCCUGUCACCAACAUAUUUUGGUUAGUAUAUUUCUUCAUAUUAAAAUGACUUUUUGUCAGUUGUUUUGCAUUAUAAAAAUAUGGCAUGCCUAAGAUAAAAUUGUAUAUUUUUCCAUCUCAUAAAUAUUCAUUUUCUUCAAAGUCUUUUUUUCCAAUCUCAUAAAAAAGGGAUAGUGCAUCUUUUAAAAUACAUUUUAUUUGGGGAGGAACAUGUGGCUGAGCAGACUUUUGUAUAAUAUUACUUCAAAGAUAUGUAAUCACAAACAAAAAAACUAUUUUUUAUAAUGUCAUUGAGAGAGAGUUUCAUCAGUACAGUUGGUGGACAUUACUUGUUUGAAUAUGAUAGUCUUUGAAUUUAAUCAGGAAACUACCUGGAACCAGUGAAAAGGAAAGCUGGACUUAAAUAAUCUUACAACUAAUUGAUAAAUGUCUCUUUUAAAAUCUACUGUAUUUAUUAUAAUUUACACCCUUGAAGGUGAUCUCUUGUUUUGUGUUGUAAAUAUAUUGUUUGUAUGUUUCCCUUCUUGCCUUCUGUUAUAAGUCUCUUCCUUUCUCAAAUAAAGUUUUUUUUAAAA